AUGGCCUCUCACGCUGCUGCCAUCGCUACCGGAACCCCACUCCCGUCUGGCCCGACUCCAACCCCUCCCCCAGCUCUCCCUUUGGACGACGUCGCGAGACUGCCCAAGAGGCGGCGCGAGUCUGAUUCCUCGUCGUCGCGAGCCUUUGCUUCCACUCAACCCGAUUCUCAAUCGCCUCCAUCGAAAUCCGCCAAGCUGCUGCUUGCAACUGGUCAAGCCCCGCCUCCAUUGGCUGGCGCCGCGGCUCUGGAAGACGAGCGACGGCGUAGAGAAGAAACAGACGGAGAGCUUGAACAAGAGCAUCUUCACGCGCCCGGCGAGAACCCUAGUCAGCGUGAUUUAGCUGCUCUAAUGUCCGCGGGAACCCAAGCCAUGAGUCGUUCGGCGGACGCGCCGCAACUGGCCCCCACGGCCGCCAUGGAGCCAUCUUCCAAGGUCGCCACGGCUGCCUUGUCUAUAUCACAGAACGGCGGCGAUCGUAUCGAAGAACGAAGUGACAUGACUCCCCAGAGCCCGUCAAGCAUCGCCGGCGCUCAGGUAACCGAAAGCCCGACGGCGAUGGAUGUCGAUGCGAAAGGCGAAUCUCUCGUCUCUCAGCAGGUUGCCGUACAAGAUGAACGACCACAGCCUGGAUCAUUAUCUUAUCCCGGUUCUUUACAAACAAGCGGUAGCAUUCCGGAUUCGCCAAUUCGGGGCAUGAGCUUCCCAAUGCCUGCCCAAAGCCAGGGCUCUCCGCCAUCCUCGACAAACAAGAAACACAAGUGUCCAUACUGCAAUACCGAGUUUACUCGGCACCACAACCUCAAAAGCCAUCUCCUGACGCACAGCCAGGAAAAGCCUUAUGUGUGCACAGACUGCCAGAUGCGAUUCCGCCGUCUUCACGACCUAAAACGUCAUGGCAAGCUUCAUACCGGUGAAAAGCCCCACGUGUGUCCCAAAUGCGAUCGUAAAUUUGCUCGAGGUGAUGCCUUGGCCCGCCACAGCAAAGGCUUGGGCGGAUGUGCUGGCAGGCGAUCGAGCAUGGGUAGCUUUGCUGAUGGAGAUGAGCUGGACGGUGCCAUUGAAGGAGAUGAGGCUGCUGUAAUGACGGGCAUUGCCUACGAUAACCCCGACGAAGAGGAGUUGAGGCGACAGAGCUUGCCCAGCCUAAGUGCCCAGCAUAUCCCCGGGGGACCACCAGACCAGUACGGUGGUCACGCCCGGACGUACCCUCCAGCCGGAGCAAGGUCUGCUACAGCUGCUGCCGGCUUAUACCCCCCAGGUGUUGGCCAGAACCAGGCUGCUGGGACAAGCAGCUCGAGCAUCUCUAAUAGUAUUGGAGGUAGUCACACACCGAAUACUAGCAUUUCUUCGUCCGUUGCGGUCAGCGGUGCCAAUGCUAGUCUUUAUUCACAGGCACUUGCGCCAGAAAGCGGAAAGCCACUGAGUCCCGGUGGUGUACAGAGCCAUGAUGCCUCUGGCAUCGUGCGACAGCGAUCACCCAGUCUAUCCCAUCAACUACAACAGCAACAGCAGCAGCAGCAGCAGCAGCAGCAGAUGGGCAGGCGACAGUCAGAAAUGCAGUCUCCUCACAGUGGACAGAAUAGGCCAAAACUGCCUGGGUUGACUCAUCCAGGAUACGCCACAGCAACCUCCCCGGGCUUCUCCCACGGCCGUCCGCCAACCGCAACAGCGUCAAGCGGUGAUAGUGGCAACAUGUUUGCGCAGAGCGAUCCGAGCGUGUGGGCCUACAUCCAGACCUUGGAAGAUAAAGUCAAGUCACUUUCGGACAAGAUAGUAUCGCUCGAUCACGAGAUGACUACGCUGAAAAGCAAGCUUGAGAAUCGUGAAGGAGUUCCCGCUGGCUGA